AUGUCAGCCUUAGCCAGCGAUCCCUUCCAUAACGCGCCUCCCGAAAUCAAAUUAUUCCUCCUUUCCGAAAAGGUACCCACCACGGUUAAGGAAUGGUUUAAAGGCAAAGUAGCAAGUCGCGCCCGCGUCCGCGACCGCAACACAAGGAUCCGGGCACUGGAGGAGGAAAACGCAAGGCUUAAAAAGGAGGCUAAGGAAAAGGCCCAGCAGCAGGCUGAAAAGCAGGCUGAAAAGAUCAAACAGCAGGCUGAAAAGAACGAAAACUUGCGGGCCGAGCUUGAAAAACUGCGCCAAAGCAAGCAAAAAAGUACAGCCGGAACCAGUAAGCAGGCUAAGCAGCGUGCCGAAAACAUCGAAAGACAGCUGGCCGAACAGCACGCCAAAAAGAUCGAGAAUUUCCGGGCCGAGCUAGCCAAAAAGAUAAAGGAAUUAAAGGCCGACAAGGAGCGGCUCAAACAGGGGGCUAAAAAGGUUAAAAAACAGGCCGAACUUAAGCUUCGUCGACAAAAUACGGCCGGGACUGAUGCAGUUUUUGGGGCACUUGCAUCGGGCCUUUUGUUAUUUUCGGCUGCGUCAUCGACGGCGAGCAACGAGCAAAAAAGUAGCGCCGGCUUUACCGAUUCCGCAAGCACUUCCAGCACUUCCAGCAGCACCCCCCGCGAAAGCCAGUCGGAUGCACCUCCAACGAAACCCGCACCAUUUAAGGUCGACCCCGGCUCUAAACGAAAAAUCCUUCGAGGUUUCCUCCCGAUCAAUUUACCGCUGGGCGAUGCUUACGCCGCAUCAAGCAGCGAUCCCGAACCGCAAUCGUCCAGCAAUCCCGCCCAAAAUGCAGCCGAUAUCGAUAUGCCCGACGCCGCCGACGCCGCACCCCUAGGCAGCAAUCCCGGAGCACAGUCACCGUUUAGCAAUUCCUUUAACAGCCCCCCGAUAGUCCCCCUCGGGAUACAGCCGACCCUCCCCUAA